CCGUGUCUCCUUUAAAUGAACGUGUCCGCCAUCUUGUAAGGCUGCCUUACAGUGUAGCCGCCUACGUGUGUGACGUCACCGAGGGUUUAGGAAGUUUCAUGAAGCGGUGAUUUGGGACGCGGCCGCGGUCAGACACACAGGGAGUUGGCGACUCGGCCCCAAGUUUUUUUUUCCACCGGACCGAGCAAACAAAAGUUAAAGGUUUUAUUACGUUUUGUUUUUCCUGUGUGUUUAUUUUAACCUUGAGUUUUUCUCUCGGAGGUUGGAAUAAAAUGCGGGUGUGUCGGUGAGUCGAAAGGUCCUGUAAAGAUCCAGUCUGGUGAGUUGAGCCGUGUUCCGGUCUCGUGAUCCAGUCACACUCUCCUCACCACCAUGUCCUAACACCCCACCCUCUCCUUUAAAAGCCCCACCCUUCCUCCCUCCCCACCCUCUCCCCUUUCUUCCCCUUCCUCACCUUCAUCUUCUCCCAGUUACACUUGCAUACAGAGAGAUGAGUCUGAAUCAUCACCAGACGCCAGACUCGGAGCGGGAGCUUCCUUCCUCCUCCAGGAAGACACCUAAAAAGCGGGGCAUCUCGCUCCGGUCGCUUUUCCGAAGACACCGCUUGGACCCCAAGUCUCGCAAAUCCCGAGCGCUGGCCGCCGGCGUGGACGGCAUCGCUAGUGUCGAGAGCGUCGUCCAGUCGGAAAUGCAACAACCGCAGCAGCAGCAGCAGGAAGUAGCGUCCACGUCCACGCCGUCCUCCACGUCUUCCGAGUUCCUGGAAUGUCCCCUGUGCCUGCUGCGCCACGCCCGAGACCGUUUCCCUGACAUCAUGACGUGUCACCAUCGCUCGUGCGCCGACUGUCUGAGGCAGUACCUACGCAUCGAGAUCUCGGAGAGCCGCGUGAACAUCAGCUGCCCCGAGUGCUCCGAGCGCUUCAACCCCCACGACAUCCGCAUGAUCCUCGGAGACCGCGCCCUCAUGGAGAAGUACGAGGAGUUCAUGCUCCGGAGGUGGCUCGCCGCUGACCCCGACUGUCGCUGGUGCCCCGCCCCCGACUGCGGGUAUGCAGUGAUAGCGUUCGGCUGUGCAAGCUGCCCAAAGAUCACGUGUGGACGUGACGGAUGUGGGACAGAGUUCUGUUAUCACUGUAAGCAGCUGUGGCAUCCAAACCAGACGUGUGACGCAGCCAGACAGCAACGAGCACAGAGUCUGAGACUGAGACCCUUCAGAUCCUCCUCACUCAGCUACAGCCAGGAGAGCGGUGCUGCGGCAGACGAUAUAAAGCCCUGCCCCCGCUGCGCUGCUUACAUCAUUAAGAUGAACGACGGGAGCUGUAAUCACAUGACCUGCGCUGUGUGCGGCUGUGAGUUCUGCUGGCUUUGCAUGAAGGAGAUCUCUGACCUGCACUACUUAAGUCCUUCAGGCUGCACGUUCUGGGGUAAAAAACCGUGGAGUCGGAAGAAGAAGAUCCUGUGGCAGUUGGGCACGUUGGUCGGAGCGCCCAUCGGCAUCGCGCUGAUCGCCGGCAUCGCCAUCCCUGCUAUGAUCAUCGGAAUUCCUGUGUACGUGGGCAGGAAGAUUCACAGCCGCUACGAGGGAAAGGAAAUCUCCAAGCACAAGAGGAACCUGGUGAUCGCCGGCGGAGUCACGCUGUCCGUCAUCGUCUCGCCUGUGGUCGCCGCGGUAACCGUCGGUAUCGGCGUGCCCAUCAUGCUGGCUUAUGUCUACGGCGUGGUUCCGAUCUCUCUGUGCCGCAGUGGAGGCUGCGGCGUGUCGGCGGGGAACGGAAAAGGAGUGCGCAUCGAAUUCGACGACGAAAACGACAUGAACGUGGGCGGAGGUGCGGUGGUGACCGAUAGUACAUCGGUGGCCGAGACGAGGCAGAACACGAGUAUCGGAGGCAGUGUCGGCGGGCUGACGGGCAGCCUGAGUGCCAGUGGGAGUCACAUGGAGCGAAUCGGAGCCAUGAGGGACAACGUGAGCGAAAACGCCAGCACCAUGGCGCUCACAGGAAGUCUGUCGGGCAGCACUGUGGGCCACUGCUUCAACAGGUUGGAGGUUCAGGCUGAUGUGCAGAAAGAGCGCUGCAGUUUGAGCGGAGAGUCCGGCACGGUCAGUCUGGGGACAAUCAGUGACAACGCGAGCACCAAAGCCAUGGCUGGAUCUAUCCUUAACGCCUACAUGCCUCUGGACAGAGAGGGCAGCAGUAUGGAGGUGCAGGUGGAUGUGGAGUCUAAACUAGGGAAGCUGCGACACCACAGUGGGAGCAGCAGCAUGGAGGAGGGCAGCACAGGAGGCCGCGGCGUCUGCCCCUUCACUUGCCCCCACGAGAGCAAAUACGGCUCGGGAAAGAAAAGCAAAGGAAAGACGCGCAAGAAGACCGGCAGCACCAAGAUCAACGAGACGCGUGAGGACAUGGACGCACAGCUGCUGGAGCAGCGCAGCACAAACUCCAGCGAGUUCGACUCUCCGUCUCUGAGCGGCAGCCUGCCCUCCGUCGCCGACUCGCACUGCAGCCACUUUUCUGAGUUCAGCUGCUCCGACCUCGACGGCUCUCGACCCCCCAACGCCAUCAGCCCUCUUCCAGAGGUGGAGAACGACAGGCUGGAGAACGGCCCCUCCCCCCGGGCGCUCUGCUCCGCCCCCCUCAGCCCAGAGAGCCCUCCUAAAGAACGCAAUAACAACGUGGCCCCUCAGCCGAGCCCCCCGGCACGCAACGUCUGUAUUCAAACUGAGAUUUAGCGCUCGAGCUAACACAACGCUAGCUUUCGACCCUAACCUGAGGAUGCACACACACACACACACACACACACACACACACACACACUUACUGGUUUCAUAUUACGAUAAAAUAUUGAAAAGAAGUCUCCAUUUAGUCGUUUUCAGGUGUGAGGAGGAGGAUGAUGAUGAUGAUGAUGAUGACAGGAUGUGACUUGAACAGUUUAUAAACUAGGUUUGACGUGCAGGUGUUACAGCAGGUGACCCGACAGAUGUGAUGAUGAUGUAGCGACGCCUUCGUAUCGACUGAGGGUCCCGUCUGAGCCUCGUCUGUGUUCAGAGCGCGUGCCGGUAUCCAGUCGCCCCGUCUGCAUCAGGACCACGCCCACAACUUCCUUUUAUUUCUCUAAUAACAUCUGGUUAUUAUUGCAAUUAUAGAAAACCAUGCUCGGGUUCCAUCGGCGUAUCCUGGAGUAUUAUUUAUGAUCGUUGUCAUGGUUACAUAUUAACACACAAGUGUUCCCUUGAUCUAAGAUUUUGUGUAUUAAAAAAAAAACUCGGCGUAUUAUUUCCUGCUGGCGCUCGAGCGUCAUUCCUCGACUAAAAUGUAAUAAUUCUGUUCUGGUAAACAUCAAAAACAGGUUCCUCAAAGGUUCCUCACAGGUUCCUCAAGGGUUAAAUCUGGAUCACUUUCUGAUGAGGAAACAACCCCAAGAACUUUCUCUCUCUCUGCUACUCAUCUGUAGAGUCUGAUAUCAAUGUUGUCCCUGUUCAAUAUAUUGACACGUUACUGAGUAUCGGCACAUGCGCGCGCGCGCACACACACACACACACACACACGCACACACACACACAGUAAGAUCUACAGACCUGGUUCUAUCUGUGGUUGGAGGAUUUGAGGAGCAUGAGAUGUGGUGUUUCUCAGAGGGACCAGCAUGAGAUUAAACAGAUGGUGUUUUUCCUGCAACAGUAAUUUUAACUGUAAAUGAGUAUAAUUUUUUUUUCCUUGAAGUUUUGUUUCUUUUCGUUUCAUGUUUUCUCUUUUAUUUUCCAUUUUGGGAAAAGGUCGUUACGUGUCGAAGCCCCCGUGUGGGAUGUAAACUCUGAACACAAACCUGUCUGUAAUCGGGUCGGGACCCAGCGAUGACGCGGUCGGUCACCAGAUCAGGAAUCGGUUCCCAAGUUAAACUCCCAUCAUUUCUCUCGUCCGUUUUGGACAGAACUGAUUUUGUGUGUGUGCUGAAGGUGUGUUGUUGCUGCCGCGUCACUCGGUCCUCGUGUCCAAUCGGUUCAUUUAUUUACUAAACCAUGAUUUGAUCUGAUCUGCUUUAGUCCCCAUGAUUAAGACUGUGAUGGUAAGCGCGCACACACACACACGUUCAGGUGGAACACGAUUAAUACGUGAUUCUGGUUUUGUACUCGUUCGGACUCAUGGUGCCUUUUGGAUGUUAAAAAAAAAAGAAGCUGUUUGAGUUUCUUCUCGUUCCUCCAUUCUGUGUCUUUCAGAAUUAAACAAUAAAAAGCGAAUCAAACCCAA